AUCUCGAGUCGUUUUCAUUUUCUUUCUUUCCGACGUGACGUGUGUGCUGGUGUGGGUGGCUCCUCGCGCGGGCGCAGGUAGGCUCCGGGUGCAGGUGUGUCAGUCCUCCGUGUCAGCCGCGCCUGCCACUCGCUGAUCUGGGACACACUUUUACACCUCACAAUGACGACCUACACGAGACUUGGAUAUUACCGCCACGAUGUGAAUAAAACCAAGUGGGAAGUGGCGGAUCGGUACAGAGAUUUGAGGCAGGUGGGGACAGGCGCGUAUGGAAUAGUGUGUUCUGCUCUGGACCGCUUUACGGGGUCAAAGGUUGCCAUCAAGAAACUCCAGCGUCCAUUUCAGUCAGAACUUUUUGCCAAGAGGGCCUACCGAGAACUCCGCCUACUCAAACACAUGAAGCACGAUAAUGUUAUUGGACUCCUGGAUGUUUUUACUCCAGACCUGUCACUGGAUAUGUUCCAAGACUUUUACUUGGUCAUGCCUUUCAUGGGUACUGACCUUGGAAAGUUGAUGAAGAUGGAGAAACUUUCUGAGGAGAGAAUUCAGUACCUCGUCUACCAGAUUCUGAGAGGACUUAAGUACAUCCACGCUGCUGGGAUUAUACACCGGGACCUCAAGCCAGGCAAUCUGGCUAUCAAUGAAGAGUGCGAGCUAAAGAUCCUGGACUUUGGACUGGCGAGACAAGCAGACAGUGAGAUGACUGGCUAUGUGGUCACUCGCUGGUACAGGGCCCCUGAGGUCAUCCUCAACUGGAUGCACUACACAAAGACCGUGGACAUCUGGUCUGUUGGUUGUAUCAUGGCAGAGAUGCUUAUGGGAAGGCCGCUCUUCAAAGGGAAUGACCACCUGGAUCAGCUGACUGAAAUCAUGAAGAUUACAGGAACACCCACACAGGAGUUCAUCUCCAAACUACAGUCUCAGGAUGCUAGAAAUUACAUUCAGAAGCUACCCAGACUUAAAAAGAAAGAUCUCCAAUCUAUUAUGCCAAACAUCAACCCACAAGCGAUCUCCGCGCUGGAGGCCAUGCUGUUGUUGGAUCCAGACAGCCGGGUGACGGCAGCUGAAGGGCUGGCCCUCCCCUACUUCACUGAGUUCCGCGAUCCAGAGGAGGAGACCGAGGCUCCACCCUACGAUCACUCACCUGACAAUGCGGAGCAGUCCGUGGAGCAGUGGAAGAAAUUAGUUCACAAGGAGAUUUUAACAUUCAAGCCCCCUCUGGUGGUAGCAGAGACGAAGGAGACUGCACUCUGAACAGGACUCCUCCAUAUUCAGGACUGCAGCUUGAACCAGAUGGUGUCCUUAGGUCUUUCUGAGUGUCCUGUGUUCCUGCUGUAUGUGUGUGUAGCAUGUAUGUACUCUACAUGUUCUUCCUGUAUGUUUAUGGAGUGUGUAGUGUACGUGUUCUUACUGUGUGUGGUGUAUGUGAGUGGAGUGUUCUUGCUGUAUAUUUAUGCAGUGUGUAGUGUAUGUGUGUAGUGUAUGUAUUCUUACUGUAUGUUUAUGGCAUGUGUAGUGUUUGUAUGUACACAAAUCGAACUGAAACGAGGCCAUGCACCUUUUUUUUGCCCAAGUAAUUAUUGAGAAACUAAAAACACCUGAGUGUCAAGGUGUGACCUGUCUGUUUCAGAAUAGCUUUGCCCAAACAGCCAAACACAGUGGUGCCAUAUUGUGUACAGGCACACGUUGUCCAUGUCUUUAUCUGUGUAUGUCCUCAUGGCCAUCCAUUUACAGUUUACACAGUUUACAGUUGUUGUUUUUUUUAAAGCUUAAGCCAGGUUUCAGAUCUUUUGCCACAAUGACUCUGAAACUAUUUUCUGUUCUAUUUCUAAUAAACACAGUUUGGUUUAUUAGGUCA